AUGUCUAUGAUCAUGUCUAUUGCAAUUUUUUUCUUAUUAAUCGCUACAUUCCUCAACGAAGAGGUUCAAUCUCAUUCUCACUCUCACAGUAAAGUGGAGGGACGAUGUUUGCCUGGAGCAAAACACAAGUCGGAACCUUCACCUGAAGAUGACUCGUACCAAGCAUGUCUCUUGUUCAAAAACAGCUCUUGUUGUACGUCGGAGUUUACAAAUCAGUUAGCUGUAGAGAAUGUUCAAAGAAUUGGAAACUUUUCAUGGACAUUAUGUGGAAAUCUUAGCAAAAGAUGUCAAGAAUACAUGAUUGGUGUCGAGUGUUUCUACAGCUGCUCGCCUUACGUUGGACUGUGGGCUGAUCCAAAUUAUAAUUCGUCGUUUAACAAUGCACCGGUUUGCUCAAGUUACUGUGAUGAAUGGUUUGAUGCUUGUAAAGAUGACAUGACUUGUGCUAAAGAUUGGAUUUUUGGCUUCAACUUCACUAAAGACGGACAUAACCAAUGCAAACAAAAUUGCACAACGUUCAAAGAUUUCUACAAAAAUGGAACGGAACUUUGCAAUACGAUGUGGCAUGAUUCGUUCAGAUAUGUUGAUGAAACAAAGCAUCCUGAUCGCUGUCUGCAUUUUCGAUACAACACUUCUCAUGACCCAAACAUAGACGUUGUGGAACGGAUUUUUAACAUGCCCGGUGCUUCUACCAUGAUUCCCCACGCUUCUUCUACAACGAUCUACCAAGCCUUUCUUACCAUGAGCAUGACAACACCUAGUAGCACUAACACUGCAACUGGCCUACUAAUGAUGUCCCAAUACUCUCCUACCAUGAACAUGACAACACACAGUACCACUAACACUGCAACUGGCUUACACUGUCUGUAUGGACUAGGGUUAAACUUAUUUUUUUCGUUUGUGUAUACUGUCAUGAUUUAA